GUUGCAAGACUAAGCUUACCUCUGGAUUUACAUCUUCUAGGGGGCCAAAGGUAAAGCCAGCCUGCCUAACUUCUUAGACCAUAUCAUUGCUUCUGUGGUGGAAAAUAAGAAGACGUCUGAUGCUGCAAAACGAGCUAGUAAUUUAGCUGACACGCAGAAAGAGGUGAAGGAAAUGGUAAUGGGCUUAAAUGUGCUGGAUCCACAUACUUCUCACUCUUGGCUGUGUGAUGGUAGACUCCUUUGCCUUCAUGAUCCUAGCAACAAAAACAACUGGAAGAUCUUCAGGGAGUGCUGGAAACAAGGCCAGCCCGUGCUGGUAUCUGGUGUCCAUAAGAAGUUGAAGUCAGAGCUUUGGAAACCAGAAGCUUUCAGCCUGGAAUUUGGAGAUCAAGAUGUAGAUUUGGUGAACUGCAGGAACUGUGCCAUAAUUUCAGACGUGAAAGUGCGUGACUUCUGGGAUGGCUUUGAGAUAAUAUCUAAACGGCUCAGAUCAGAUGAUGGUCAGCCAAUGGUACUAAAGUUAAAGGAUUGGCCUCCAGGGGAGGACUUUAGAGAUAUGAUGCCUACAAGAUUUGAGGACUUGAUGGAAAAUCUUCCUCUUCCUGAAUAUACCAAGAGGGAUGGCAGACUCAAUUUGGCUUCUAGGCUACCAAGCUACUUUGUCCGCCCUGACUUGGGUCCCAAAAUGUACAAUGCCUAUGGCUUAAUUACUGCAGAAGACAGACGAGUUGGUACCACAAACCUGCACUUGGAUGUGUCUGAUGCUGUUAAUGUCAUGGUGUAUGUUGGGAUUCCCAUUGGGGAAGGGACCCAUGAUGAUGAGGUUCUGAAAACAAUUGAUGAGGGGGAUGCUGAUGAUGUAACAAAGCAGCGAAUCCAUGAAGGAAGAGAGAAACCUGGAGCAUUGUGGCACAUCUAUGCUGCCAAGGAUGCUGAAAAGAUAAGGGAACUUCUCCGGAAGGUUGGAGAAGAACAAGGCCAAGAAAAUCCCCCAGAUCACGACCCCAUUCAUGACCAAAGUUGGUACUUGGACCAGACCUUACGUAAGCGACUCUACGAUGAGUAUGGUGUACAAGGCUGGGCAAUAGUGCAGUUCCUUGGAGAUGCUGUGUUCAUUCCUGCAGGUGCUCCCCAUCAGGUCCAUAAUUUGUACAGCUGCAUUAAAGUGGCAGAAGAUUUUGUAUCUCCAGAACAUGUGAAGCACUGCUUCCGUCUGACCCAGGAGUUCAGGCACCUGUCUAAUACUCACACAAACCAUGAGGAUAAACUGCAGGUGAAGAACAUUAUCUACCAUGCAGUGAAAGAUGCUGUUGGCACACUGAAAGCUCAUGAAUCCAAAUUAGCUAGAUCGUAGGAAUUGCUAAUUCCAAAUGCCCUGUGAAGUAAACCUUUUGCUCACAGUAUAUACAGGGACUGCACAUGACUGCCUCUGCAGGAGCAGAGGCUUCUCACUAAGAGCUGGUGUGGUCAGUAUUACACACACUCUUCAGCCACUCUUUUCUACGCUGCCUCAACACUGAAGGUCUAACGGAAGGUCGCACUGUUACAUGCAGAAUUCCAGAUUCUAAUGAAAGGUGCCAUGUCCCUUUCCUGUGGCCUUUUGCAAAUUGGAAGAAUGUGGAAACCACUUGGUGUUCCUGCAUAUUAUGAUUAGAAAUGGUAUAAAGAGUGUGGAUGUUUUUUUUUUUCCUCAUGCCUAGUUAGUCUCCAUGAAGUUAGAAGGAAUGUGCUGGACGUGGGUUGUCCUACUGCAGACUUAGUUGAUAGCUGCUGAAGGAGUGUAACCAACAGCAGCCCAACUGCAGAAAUUUAAGCAAACUUCCCAUGUGAGAUACAGGCCAAGGAAAAGAAUAAAGCUUUUCUCUGCACUCCCCUUCUUGUAGCCGUUUCUCUAUACACCGUAGAGUUGCAGAAAUAAAGGGAGAACCCACUUUUUCCCCCAGGAGACUCCAGAAAUAGGAGAAUUGUGUAUUUAGUGAAAAACUAGGUUUGUAGUGAAACAGUUAAUAUUUCAUGAAAGUAGAUAUUUUUAGUAUUUUUGAAGUACCACAACUGUUCCUGGAUUUUCAAGGAAAGGCGCAUUACAUUUAGUCUUCCUUUCAAUAAAAUCAAGAAGUGAUUUUUAGAAAGCAGUCCAAAAUAGCACAAAAACAGCCAAAGGAGUGUGAACAGAAAUUGACACCCCACCUUCCUUGCCCAUAUUCCUUACCCAUCUUCCCCCCUCUCCCUAAGCCACCCUGCUUCCUCAGAAUGAGAACUAAAAAGGAGUAUGAACUCUCUUCUCAUGUGGAGAUGUUGUACAUCUCUCCCUGCACUGGUGACUGCAGGCAAUAGUUCACCCAAUACCAGUGCUAGCUGAAAACAUCUGUCCUUUCCAAAGUGAAGGAAAAGUUAACUUUCAGUGUCAACUUUGUCCAGAACUAUUUUAAGUAAAAUGUUCCUGCUUGAUAGAACUGUAUUCAGAAUUUACUAAUGUCAGCAUUGAUGCAAUGGAUUUCAUUGUCCGGGUACAUGGGGAAAUGUAUCUACCUUAUAUCCAGCUGUACUGUAGUGCCACCUGCGGGCCUGUUAAUAUGUUCACGGUUAUUUCAUUUUUUAAAAAAUAAAAGUCAUUUACUGUAACA